AUGUCUUCUCCCAGACUUAUUCCCCUGUGGAAGGAUUUUAAAAGCCUUGUAAAUGACACUAUACAGAAAGGCAAGAAACCUUCAGCUGAUCCAAAGAAUGACCUAGUUGUGUUGAGUGACAGGUCCCAGGUGCUGUUCAAAGAAUCUCGCUAUCCUCAGAAUAUGCCAUUCAUAAGCCAUUACGUGAGUGACUCCUACUUCUUUGCUUCCCUUUCUUGGCUGACACCAUCCACAAAAGAAAUACAGGCUGUAGUAUGGAUGAAGAGCAAAACCGAAGACAUGGUUGAGAAAAGAACCUUUUCUAUGACUGAGCGACUGCCACCUAUUCAGACCAUGGUCCACACGGGUUCUUUUCACAUCCUUGUGGCCUACUGUGGCGACCUGUUUCUGCGACUCUUUGGGGACCAUUUUCGGGCAUUCAAGCCCCUAGGCAUAGUACCCUGCCGCUUCAACAUCAGUUGCCUUUGUUAUGACCCAGAAAUGAAGAUGCUUCUGUCUGGUGUCAUGGGGGCAGUCAUCACCUGGCUCAUUGAGCGAAGCGGCAAGGGCCUCCAAAUGCUCCACGUAAUUUCCAUGCCUAAUGAUGAGCUUAUCCAGGACAUCAUGCUGAAUGGCCCCAAUGGCUCCCUCAUAGCUCUCUGUGAAACUGUGGUAAGGGUCCUUGAACGCCAGAGCCAGGGUAAGCUGGCAGAGAUAAGGAAAUUCACUUCCACAACCAGGGGCUCCCCCAUCACCUGCUGCUGCACCUGUUUCGAUCAGGGCCUUCUGUACGCUGGACACAAGGCUGGCGAAAUACAAGUGUGGAACCUCAACUGGGGUCAGUCCCUCCACAGUUUUAGGGCUCAUUCCUUAUCUGUGAUAUGUAUCCACAGCCGGCCAGAGGCCCACACCCUGCUAACAGCUGGAAAGGAAGGCUUAAUCAAAGAGUGGAACCUUACUUCAGGGAACCUACUUCGGCGGUUAGAACUGGGUGAGGAAUUGCAUCGACUUCAGUUUAUUGAUAACACAACUUUUUUCUGCCAAACCAACCACAGUUUUUCCUUGCGUUGCCUGCCCUGUUUCUAUAGCCUCUUCAAUGUCUGUGGAUCCACUCCGCAGCAAGUGCGUCGGGUCCGCUGUGGAGAAAACUGGUAUCGGAUCCUGUGCACCACUGAGGAUGGUUUGUUACACUUUGUGUCCCCAGUAACAGGGAAUCUUCUGGUUCUCACCUGGCCCUUCUCAAUCCUGGACCAAGCUGUGGAUUGGGCUUAUGACCCAGGUAAAGAGGAGCUCUUUGUGGCAACAGGCAGCUCAGAGGUUUUAGUAUUUGACACAACCCGUUGCCCUUGCCCAGCCAAGUAUCUCCUAGGCACCUCAUCAGAUUCCAAGGACUUUGUACAAUGCCUGGCUUAUGGACAUUUCCAUCUGGGCCGGGGACUAGAAGGACUAGUGUUCUCUGGGCACCAGAGUGGUGUAAUAAGAGUUCUCUCUCAGCACAGCUGUGCCCGCAUAGAGAAAUUCAUGCACUUUGGGGCUGUAUUAUCACUCUCCACAAUGUCUGGAGGAAUUUUGGGCGGCCGAGAAAACUCUUUGCUUUGUUCCUAUGGAAUGGAUGACUACGUCCACCUAUCAGAAACUGUGCUUGAUGGGAUUCGAGUACAGCUGAGGCCACUGGCUAGCAUUCUCAGCAGCUGUCACCUUAAACACCUUAUCCUCUUGCCCAAGUCUGUGGGCGCCAUCACAGAGACUAACUGCCUGCGUCUCUGGAAGUUCCAUGAUUUUCUCUCCUCUGGGUCACAGGGGGGCUCAAAGUUCAUAGAGACCCUCCCUCUGCACCAGUGUUCAAUUAUGUCCUUUGACGUUUGCCUGCCUUUGAGUGUUUUUGUUACAGGUGGUACUGACGGCUCUGUCCGGAUUUGGGACUUUCACGGUAGACUCAUAGCCAUGUUGGACUCAUCGCUGCAUUUUGGCCCUAUCUGCUUUGCAAAUGACCGAGGGGAUCUACUUGUAACCUUCAACCAGAGUCUUUAUCUGGUAUCCUGUUUAAAACUGUUUCCUCCCAACAUUCUGUCUUGCUUUUCCCUUAUGAGCAUAACAGAUGAAGUAGUAGAAACGCCUAAACCUUUCAUGCCAAGCUUCUUCUUCUCCUUUGAGAUCAUGUUUGUGCCCAAAUAUGUCUACCUUGGACAUGGGCAACAGGAAUUAGUAGGUCUGGAGAGCCUUAUCAACAAGCGUGCCAUUGCCUUUGACCAUUCCGUGCCACAUGUGAUAGAAGAAGAUGAUGAAGGGAGUCCGGUAUUGCUGCGCACCCCCAAACAUGAUUCUACAGAAGGAGUAGCAGGCGACUGGAAGCAGGGGAGCCAACCUCACCAACCCCAUUAUGUAGUCCCGCCCCAACUCCAGCUGACUAGCUGGGAUGGACUCAAUCCCUAUCAGAUAUUGCGAUGCUACUUUGGUCAUGGGCGGGAAUGGCUUCUUGCGCCUGACUGCUACAUCCCCAACUCAGUGAUCCGUGCCCGUCUUUGGCCAGAGGGCAGUCCAAUAUUCCUACAGUGUAGCCUGCAUGCUCCCCAGCGGGAGCUGGAAUGGGACAAGCCUCCACAAUUCUUCUGGCAUAGCAGGGUUAGAGCUUUAAGUGAUGUACAAUAUCCAGAGGAGAAGGAAGAUGAAGACUUCCUAGGCAUGAGAAUUUCCAAGGAGCCAACCUACAGUGUCCUUACAGACACAACGAACCGCAGUUGGCUGGGAAGAAAGAUGAGUGAAAUAGCUGUCAACAGCCUGAUUGAGACAAUCCUCAGCGUCAUGAUUCAUGCUUCACCACUUAAGUACCAGUGCUGUGUUGGUGCCCUGCGCCAAAUCUUUGCCUCUUAUCAGGUAUCGCCUUCCCUGCGCUCUGAGACAGCCCAUCGGCUACUGGACGAUACAACAAAUUCCAACCCACAAAUUCGAGAACUGGCUUGGGAAGGGCUCAAGUGUUUAGGAAUGAUUACUCAUCUCUUUGCCUUGCCUCUGGCGCAAGGAUUAAUGGACAAGGACCAAAGAGUGAGAACUAAGGCCCUGGGCUUAAUGGGUGACAUUGGAGUUCACUCAAAGGCCUCACUUUUAGAGGUGAUCCAGAAGAAAGAGACUUUCCGAGACAUGCAGCUGGAGAUGAUAGGGGAGGAAUCCCUGGACCAUCUGCUAGGGAUGCGGCCCACAGAUCUCCAAAUCCUUCAGGCUCAAGUGGAGCAGCGAUUGAAUGAGAACCUGACCUUGUCGGGAGAUAAAAAGCCUGAUUUCUCUUUAGAAGUCUCUAGGGCUUAUGAAGCUAUAUACCUUCCCACACAACCUCACACACUUGGUGAAGAAUCUGGCAUGACCAUCAAGCCCAGCAAAGCCCCAAAACGGGGCCGAGGAAUGGGAAAAAAGCAGACUCGGAAACUGUUGCGGAGUCUCAAGAAGAAAGAGGUAGACUUAAAACUGAUGAUCACAGAGCCCAUAGACAAAGAGGUUGAAAGUGAGCUGAGUGAAGCUGCACCAUUUGAGAUCCUGGAUGAUGCAUCCAUUCAUUCAAAAAUGGCUUCUGUCAGCAGUAUGAAGUUCUCAAGAGAGGCUGAAUCCUCAGAGGAAGAUCUCUCAAAGGAUCACGUUGCCUCGACAAUGAAGGUGCUAAAGAAAGUGCAUGACAAAAAAGACAAGAAAGCAACAGGUCAAAAGCCAACAAAGGGGCACAAGAAGAAGAAAAAAGAAGACAAAGGCAUAAUCGAGGAAUCUCAGCCUACUUUGGUAGAAAGACAAAUUGUGAAAAAGGCUAAAGCUCAGGGACGGGGCAUGAGUGGAGUGCCUGGCUACAAGAGGCCCCAUGGACGUGGCUCAUCGUGGCGGGAUGACCUGUGUCGCCUUAUGGUCCUGAGGGUAUCUGAAUCCCAAACAAAACUGUCAGAAGCUUUAAACACUGAGCUAGUGGCUAAGGCUAAGGAGAUCUUGGCAGAUCGGUUUCCCAGCUGGGAGCUCUUUCAGGAGCUAUGUCCCGUAUUGAAGAAAGAAAGCAAGGUUACAAUGGAGGAUCUUGACUGGGAUGUAAUCUGGCAAGAAGAGAAACCAAGGUUUAUUCAUGAAGAGAUCAUUAGUGAGGACAUAGUGAUCAGAGAUGAGGAAGAGGAGCAAAAGAAAGAGGAGCAGAUGGAAGAAAGUGCCCUGCAGGAGGAAACCAAGUUGAUUCGCAAAAAAGGCAAGAAAAAGAAACUUGUUUUUGUAGAACCAGGUGACCUAACCAAAGGAAAACGAAAAUCAAAGAAAGAAGAAAAGAAAUUGUCUAAGGUGUCACCUAAACAGGAGAGGAAAAAAUUCCAGAAAGAAGCGAAGGCAGAUAAAAAGAGGAGGGAAAUAACUGAACAAGAGGGAGAAAUGUAUAAGGAAAUGGAGGAAAUAGCUGUACCAGAAGAAAUAGCUGAGGAAAAAGAAAGACCAAUGACAGUUAGAAGGAAACCCACUUUCCCUGAGUGGAAGAAUUUCUGGGAUCAAUGGAAAAAGGGCCAAAGUGAGAAGAUAUCCUCGGAUGAAUGGAGACGUCUUGAGAAAGAGGAGCAACAACAAGACAAGGAGGAAAUAUUCCCAGAAGAGGAGGAAACAAAGGAUAGGGAAAAGAAGAAGAAAUGGGACAAGUGGAAACGGACCUGGGAAGAUGUGUUUUCAUCCAGGCCCAAGGAUCAUAAAGAGGAAGAGGAGGAGGAGGAAGAAGAAGAGGAAGAGGAAGAGGAAGAAGAAGAGGAAGAGGAAGAGGAAGAAAAACCAGCCACUGAAGAGCAGAGACAAAUCCAGGAACAACGAAAACUGGCCAUGAAAGAGAGAAAAAAAGCCCGCGCUGCAAGAAGAUAUGCCAAAGAAGGGAGGAAACUAGCUCAACAAAAAGAGAAACUCGCACAAGAAGAAAGAAAAUUGGCCCAAGAAGAGAGAAAACUGGCCCGAGAGUUUUUGAAAACGAUCCGAGGAGAGGGAAAAGUGGCCCAGGAAGAGAGGAAGACCGCUCAGAAAGAGGAAAAGCUGGCCCAUAGACAAGUGAUGAUAAGCCAUGAAGCAGAGCAACUGGCCCAGAAAAUGAAGAGACUAGCAAAAAAAAUGGAGACAGCGGCUCACAAGGAGGAGAAACUAGCAAAGAAAAGAGUUGAUGUGGCCAAGGCAAAAGUAGUAAUGGCCCAGAAACGUGAAACACUGUCCAAAAAGGAGAAAAUCCUGGCACAGCAAGAAAAGAAUUUGGCUGAGGAAAUAGAGCAAAUGGAAUGGGAAACAGAAGAAAUGGCUUGGAAAGAACAGGGACUGAAUAAAGAAAAAGAAAAAGUGGCCAAGGAAAAGGAGAGACUGGCUCAGCAAGAGAAGACACUUAACAGGCAAGAAGAGAAACUGGCUAAGAAAGAGGAAAAAAUGAUCUUGGAAGAACAGCUGCUAAAAGAGGAAGAAGAAAAACUGGCCCACGACAAGGGGAAAAGCCCUCAGGAUGUGGAAAAACUGGCCAAGAGAAGGGAACAGCUGAGUCAGAAUAAAGAGAAACUGUUCAAGGAAAGGGAAAAAUUGACCCAAGACAGGAAAGAGCUCACCAUGAACAGGAACAUCAUGAUGCAGAAAGAAGAGAAUCUGGCUUGGGAAAAACAGAAUCUGGUUCAAGAUAAGGAAAGAUUGGUUCCGAGUAAAGAUAAUCUCCACCGUCUCAAAGAAAACCUCCUGAAGACCAGAGAGCAGUUAAUCCUGGCAAAGAAGAAUCUGGAAAUGUACGCACAGAAACUUGCUCAGGCAGAGGAGAGGCUAAAUAAAGAAAGGGAGUCAGUGACCCAGAUGAAGGAGCAACUGGUUAAUACAGAGAAAAAACUGGCUCAGGUAGAGGGAAGUCUGGCUAAAAAACAGGAGGAACUGGCCCAGGAAAAAAUCAAAUUAGCUUUGGGGAAAACAUCCACAUUCCAAGAAAAGAAACUGCUCAGAGAUGAACUGAAUAUUGCUAAUGAACAAGAAGCCUUACACAAGGAAAUGAAGAAAGUGGCCCAAGAGAAGUCGAGACUGACUAAGCAAAUGGAAGUUCUGUUGAAGGGAGGAAUUCCAAAACCCUCAAGACAGAAAAAACCAUCUGAGGAGGAAAUAAAUCUAAUUAAAAGGAAAUUGUCACAAGAAGAGAAAAUACUGACCUAUCAAGAUAGGAUAUUGGCCACAGAGGAGAAGAAUGUUGCCAAGGGGAAACUGGAGUUUACCAGAGGACAGAGAAUGUAUGCCCAAGAAGAAAGGAAGUUAGCCAAAGCAGUAAGGGAGAUGGCUAAAGAGAAAGGUGACAUUUCUAAGGAACCAACAAAAGGUGGCACUUCAAAAGCCUUAAAGGCACUUCAAAAAGUAGUCAGUGAUGAAAGAAAGCUAACCCAGCAAGAAUUAAAAAUGGCAAAGAUAAAGAGGUCACUUUUUGUUAAGGAGAGCACAUUGAACAAGGAACAAGAUAGACUUGAUGCCAAAGAAUGGGAUUUUUCCACGGAUCAAGCAGACAUGACCAAAAAAGAGAAAAAACUGGCCCAAAAGCAGAGAAAACUGACCAAGGAAAUAAGAAAAAUGAUAAGCCAGGAGAAAAAAAUUGCUGAGGAAGAAAACAGGUUGGCCAAAGAACACAGUGAAGUUCUUCAGGAGGGGGAGGAGGAAGAAGGAUUAAUGAAAGAACAAGAGGAAGAAGAAAAAGGAGAGGAGGAGGCAAUCCACAUCCUUAAAAAAAGGCAGAGAAAGCGCAAACGGCUACAAGGAGUUGCUACAACAAAGGGAAAGAUCUCCAGUGAAGAGGACGAGUUAGGCAUCGAAGAAAGCUUCUCUAAGGAGAUGGAAAGGCUGUUAGGUGAAGUAGAGCAAGAGAGUUCCUCUGAGGAGGAGAAGGAGGGACAGGAAGAGGAGGAAGAGGAAGAAGAGGAGAAAGGGGAGGAGGAAGAAGAGGAGGAAGAGGAAGAAGAGGAAGAAGAGGAGGAAGAGGAAGAAGAGGAAGAAGAGGGGGAAGAGGAUGAAUUUCAGAAGGAAAAGAAAAGGAAGGCAAAGAAAAAGAAAGAAAAGGUGAAGAAACAAAAGAAAAAGGAGCAGCAAGAAGACGAAUUAUUCAAGGAGGAAGAAAUGUCUGAGGAGGAAGAAAGUGUGAGUGAGCAUGAGAUGGAAACUUUAGAUGUAAUAAAAGAGGAGGAGGAAGAGGAUAAAAGUUCACUGGAGGAAGGGGUACACAAGGAAAAGGAGAUCCUAAAAAGGGAAAAACUACUGAAGUUUCCAGAAGAAAGUGGAAUGGUCGUAAGGGGACGGGAAACAGCCCCUUCUACUGGAAAAACAGUCCCUGAGGUAAAAGGUACUGCUCUAAAAGUGGAAAUUCUGAAAAGCCCUUUUAAGAAACCUAUUUCAGUGGAUUUAGAGAUGGGAAGGAAGAUGUCAUCACCAUUACCAGUAAAACACACAUUCUGGGAAGACAAGGGCACAGAACUCGAGGCACCCAUGACAUUCUCAAGGAUCAAGUUUUUGGACAAAGAAAGAGAACUGUUGGAAGAAUAUAAACCUGCACCUCUACAUGUUUUGGAUACGAUUUUGGAGCCCCAUGAUGAAGGUUUAAAGACACCACUCAUGACCCAGAUAAUCAGGAAGACCAUGGAAACUCAGAAACUCCAACAUAAGCCACCAGGUUCCAGGAGGAAGUGGCUUUUGCGACAUCGUCCAUCCCUGACAGUACAACCUAAAGGAAAAUUGCCUUUUUCCAAAAUCCUGACUGAGGAACAGCUUCCAGAGGUAAGUCUCUCAGAUGCACAGUGGGUCCACCAAGUGCUAGAGCAGAUGGAAGCAGGAGAGCAGCUUCCCAGGGAUAGUUUUCACAGAUUGUGUCAGCUCCUCAAAGACCUUACCUCAAAGGGAAGCUUAGAGUGGCUGCAGCUGGCCAAACUGGAAGCCAUCGUGUACCAUCAUAUACAGGCCAUGGAGUCACAAAGCACGGGGAUCUUAAAACCUAGUAAGGGGUUCCUAAGUCCAAAACAUCUAAAGGUAAUCCCUCCUAUCAAAGCAAAGGAAAGGGAGGGUUGGCCAAAACCUUUAGAUGUCCUGACAUCAAAACCCCAACUAGUUACUAAGAGGGUAUUUGAUCCAAAAGCUCUCAACUGGCAUCUUCUAGGAGAACCCUACAGAAGUGAGCGGGCACAAGAGCUAUCUGACGCUGUUAAAGAGAUGGAUGUACAACAUUUUUAUCCGGCCGCAAGAGACACUCUUCCAAGCCCCUAUACCUCUGUGGAAAAACAAACACUAGCACUGAUGUUUCAGAAGGACUUUUGGGAUCUGAAGGACAAGAGCAAGUUGCCCAAACUGCCCAAGUUGGAGAAGAAGCCACAGCCUAUCUUACAUAAAAAGGAAGAGCUGCCUCUCUGGGAGACAUUUGUGGCACUGUACUACGUGUUGCGGAUGCUGCAGCAGCGAUAUGCCCAGGACACUGCUGCCUGGAUGGAACAGUUCAAUCAACUCAUGGACCUGUACCAACUCAAGUCUCCCCGAAUCCGGAAGCUGUUACAGGACCUGCUACUGACAGAGGAACCUCAGACCCAAGAGAUCACCUAUAAAGAGGCACUAAACACCACGGAUCUAGUUCCUGGGGAGCGGUUAUUUUAUCACCUUUUUUGUAGCAGCUCUCGUGUCCCUAGAAACCCUCCAGAGUUCCAGGAUGUGAUACCCCUUCCUGGACAGAACAAUAUCAGAACAAUUCAUGCCAUGGGUAUUGCCCAUUACGGGAUCUUGGAACUUGCCUGGAAGAGCCUGCCCCAAGCUGACAUUCAUCUAAACAAAGAAUCGCCCCACAUCAUUGCUCCCACUCCCUGA